CGGGGAGUCGCGGCGCGGACUUGGAGCCCGACCGUCCGGGCGCGGUGGGGCCAGGUGAGCAGAACUAGGGGCCACGGGCUGGUCACCCACUUUCCCUAACUUUUUGUUUGGCUCCUCCCUUUCGAGGGCCUUGGUCUUCUCUCUCCCCGGGCCAGAGUGUGGGUGCGGGCGGUGACGGGACCCGGGAGUACUGGGGGCUCCGUCCGAGCAACUUCCCGAGACCAGUGGGCUGUGUGUCCAAGUGUCCGCCUCCCUGGGGUCCCCAGCGUCGCCUCAUGUCCCUCAGAGCCUUGAGGCCUGCGAACAUGUCGCCUGAAUGCUCUGCGUGCUGUGCUGUCGCCUCUUAGCAGGGAUCAGCUGGGUUAGGAGAGUGAGAUUUCAGGAGCAGGGGCUGGGUGCCAGCUCUGGUUCGAGGCGGGGUGGUCACUCCUUUGGUUUCAGGCUGGCAAAAGGGCUCCACAUUCGGGACAAGGGGGUCGACUCUCUUUUGCUCUUGGGACACUCCUGUGGCUGUGCCCAAGGCCCAGGCUCUGCGGCGUUGGGUCCUAGCCGGCCCCUGUGCUCUCCUGGGCCUCGGUUCCCAUCUGCGAACCCCGACUUUGGACACGGCUGGCCCUGAGCUCCCCGCUAGGCCCCAGGUCUCGGUGCUGCGGCCAGAGGCCAGGUCGGUCCCGCCUGCGCUUCGGGUGCGGCAGCGGCGCGGGCACAGUGCUGGGGCCUCCGCCCCGAGGCCUGGCUGGAGCUCCUAGCGCUGCAGCUGUGCGGAAACCAGAUUGGGGGCGCGGGGACGCAGACUUUGUAGGGGCCACGCCACGCACAGCCUGGCUGCCUCUGCCAGCACCAGGUCCCCCGCUCGGGCUGCGACCCGACGCAACCAGCAGCCUGGAGGGGCGUCAGCUGUGCGGGUCGGCACCCCAGGCCUCAGGCGGUGCUGCUUUGGCCCGGGACGGGGUCCACUGAGGCCUAGGGCGGAGGAGGCCGGAAAGGAGGCCAGGCGGCGCGAAAGGGAUGAUUCAUCCCGAGGAUCCCGAAUUGGAAACGCCGCAACCUAGGAGCAGCCUUGCCUGGGCCGACGGGAGAGCGGAGCGGGGAGUCGGCCGCGAGGCCCCGCGCUCAGCACUGCAGCCCCUGGCUCCGGCCGGGCCGCAGGGGCGGGGGGAGGCCUCUUCUUGCGGAGUUGAGACAAAUCCUGGACGAACUCUGCUACUGCCUCCCGUCCUCUGACUGGCUGGCCCGGUCAGGGCGGUCUUCUCGGAGUCUAGCUCGAAUCUCUCCUGCUGCAGCCCCGGCGCUGACUGAGGAAGUCUGGAAGGAGGGGGCAGGAAGGAGAGCGGGAGUCAGUGGCGCCCCCUCCUUCCCGCGCUGCGAGCGCCCGGACGACAGCGAGAUGACGGUUGGAAGCCCCGGAGACUGCGGGGAGGUGCGGAGAAGCCCCGAGGGCCGCGUCUCCCGCCUGGGCCGCCGCCUGGGCCGCCGCCGCCGCCCGCGCUCUCCGCCCGAGCCUCUGCGGGUGCGGGCGCGGCUGCGGCUGCGCUCGCCGUCGGGGGCGUUCGCGGCGCUGGGGGCGCUCGUGGUACUGGUGGGCAUGGGCAUCGCUGUGGCUGGCUACUGGCCACACCGCGCCGGAGCCCCGGGGCCCCGGGCUGCCAAUGCCAGCUUGCCUCAGGUCAGCGAGCUGCGACGCGAGGGUCGCGGUGCAGGCCGGGGCCAUGGCCCACACGAGCGGCUGCGGCUGCUGGGGCCGGUGAUCAUGGGCGUCGGCCUGUUCGUGUUUAUCUGCGCCAACACGCUUCUGUAUGAGAACCGAGACUUGGAGACGCGACGGCUCCGCCAGGGGGUGCUGCGGGCUCAGGCUCUACGACCCCCCGACGGCCCAAGCUGGGACUGUGCCCUCCUUCCCAGCCCUGGCCCCAGGACUCCCCGAGCCGUAGGCUGCGCAGAGCCAGAAAGUUGGGACCUGUCCCCGCGUCGGGGCACCUCACCCGUCCCGUCGGUGCGGAGUCUGCGUUCAGAGCCUGCCAAUCCUCGCCUGGGAUUACCUGCCCUCCUCAACAGCUACCCACUGAAGGGCCCAGGACUGGCCCCACCCUGGGGUGCACGGACCCAGACUGGCCAUGUGAUCAUCACGGUUCAGCCCUCUGGCUCCUACAUUGAACAUUCCAAGUCUCUGGACCUGGGUCUUGGGGAGCUCCUCCUGGGGGCCCCAGCGGCUCGGGACUGUGCUCACCGCAGCUGGCCACGACUGGAUCGCCUUAGUCUGGGCGGGUAUGCCAAAUUAGGGGGAAGAGGGGACUUGGGGGCCCGGGUCUGAGGGGAAAGGGGAACCUGUGAUGCUGCACCAUGGACCAUGGUAACAAGCAGAGGAUGAAAAGUCCUCCUGUCUGUCAGCUGCUUCUGUCACAUCCCUGGUUGGGAUGGAUGCUCUGGCCACAGCAGCUGCUAAGGCAUCCUGACCUGCAUGUGGGCAGAGAAGCCAGCUGCACUAGUGCUCAGUGAGCCAGAGAGGGAAUAUUGUACUGUGAGGGGCGUGGAGAUCAACAGGCGUCGGCCUCAGGAGUUUCUUCAGCCUCUGUAUGUGCCUUAGCCCUGGACAGGCACCUGAGGGGGCUGGAGGCCCAGGCCAAGGUGACUGGAAGAACCACCUGGUGUUGGCAAACCCAAAGUAGUGGGCAAGGACCUCUUAAUAUUUGGCAGGUAGGUUGGAAUGUUUCAGGCUGGGACAGACUCUGUCCAAAGUGGCACUGGUGAUAGCAUAUGGACCUCCGGGAAGAAAGAUGGCCAAUGGGGUGCAAUCGAGUCCCUCCUGUGCCAUCUGGGAUGGGGACUGAGCCCCGAACUCCCACUGCCUCACACCAUUUUUUCCCUCAGCCCCGUGGUGGGAUGCAUCCUCCAAGGGCUAACGACUGCCAACACCUCCAUGCUGAGUCUGGCCCUUCCCAGACAGGUCUGAGAAGCCUCCUUUUUUCCCCAUGGCCAGGCUGCAGACUCUCCCUCCAGCUCCCAGAAAUCCCUUUCCACAACAGUGAGCUGCGUUUCUGUCCAAUGUGGGUAGUUUACUUGAGAAAAUGGUUCAGUUUAGGUUUCUCCCACCCAGAUUUAAUUUUCCAAAAGUUGCUAGUAGAAAAGCAAUUUAAAAGCGAAUCAGUCCUCACAGACUCAGUUUUUUUUUUAAAGUUUAUUGGAAAAUGCAAUACAAGAAGCCAAGACCAAACACAUAACUAAACACUACAACCACUUUCUUACUACAGAAUGCCAAAACAGCAGACCUUAUUAUUGCCUAUGUAAUCUAAUGAUUUUGCCAAUUUGAUUUUGCUGCUAGAGUUCCUAUUUUGUCGAAAUGUAAACUACUUUGUAUGAUUCGUAAUUUUUAAAAAAAUUUACAAAGCUCCUUCAUUUUUGUCACCAAAAUAAUACAUUUGAGAGAUUUGUAAAAAUGAGUAGCCUGGGGCCAAGAUCCUGGGCAGAGAUUUCCCACGAGCACCAGAGAGGCUGGUCAGGCCUUAGCUCUGGCUUCCUUUUCCAAGCUGACAGUGGGCUCUUUACCCCUACUGCUGUCCCCCAGAAUAGAGGGGAUAGCCUGGGGGAGAUGCAGUGAAGGUGCCUGGCGGGUCCCUGCAGUCAGGCUCCCAGAGCCCUUGGCUUAUAAAUGUAGGUCUUACUCUGUGGGUGGGUGGCAGAGAUCUCACACGGUUUGAAGGAAAUUUUUAUUUCUAAAGUAAAAAUAAAAUUGCAGCUAGAGUUGUUA